AAAUAAUGGAUGAAACUAGCUAGCUUGAUGAAACUGAGUAGGGGGAUAAGAAUAAAUCAUGGGAACGAUUCUGAAACUUCCAAUCAUCGAUCUUUCCUCGCCGGAGAAACUCUCUACUUCCAGUUUGAUUCGUCAGGCUUGUUUGGAUCAUGGAUUCUUCUACUUAACGAAUCAUGGCGUUUCGGAAGAGUUGAUGGAAGGAGUGUUAAUGGAGAGCAAGAAACUGUUCUCUCUUCCUCUUGACGAGAAGAUGGUGAUGGCUCGUCGUGGUUUUCGUGGUUACUCACCUUUAUACGAGGAGAAACCCCACUCCUCUACCUUAGCCAAAGGUGAUUCCAAGGAGAUGUUCACAUUUGGAUCUUCAGAAGGAGUUUUGGCACAAAUUUACCCUAAUGAGUGGCCUCGUGAAGAGCUUUUGCCGCUGUGGAGGCCAACCAUGGAAUGUUACUAUAAAACUGUAAUGGAUGUUGGUAAAAAAUUGCUUGGCCUAGUGGCUUUGGCACUGAAUUUAGAAGAAAACUUCUUUGAACAAGUGGGAGGCUUCAAUGCUCAAGCAGCAGUUGUUCGUCUUUUACGUUAUCCAGGAGAGUUGAAUUCAUCUGGAGAAGUAACAUGUGGAGCGUCUGCUCAUUCAGAUUAUGGAAUGAUAACUCUUCUUGCAACUGAUGGAGUUCCAGGGCUUCAAGUAUGUAGGGAUAAAGAUAAAGAACCAAAAGUUUGGGAAGAUGUCGCUGGAGUCAAAGGGGCUUUUGUUGUCAACAUUGGCGACCUAAUGGAGAGAUGGACUAAUGGUCUUUUCCGAUCAACAAUGCAUAGAGUGGUGUCGGUGGGAAAAGAACGUUUUUCGGUGGCUGUAUUCGUCGAUCCAGACCCAAACUGCGUUGUGGAGUGCUUGGAGAGCUGUUGUAGUGAAACAUCUCCUCCCAGGUUUCCACCUGUCCGGACCAAAGAUUAUUUCCACGAGCGAUUCAGUCAAACCCUCGCCUCGUACUCCGGUUCGGGCUAAAAUAUAUCUAUCAUGAGAUUAAGCUCCACAUUUGCUUAAAUAAGACAUGCAUGUGUCAAAUGUUUGAGUUUUCUAAGUUAAUAAACCUGUUCUAAUUAAGGUUUGGGUUUGAGUCUGAGUCGUGUGCUUUGCGUGGAUAUGAAUUUGUUAUAAUAAAUGAAAGGUUAUAACAUAAUUACAACUAUA